CCUGAAGCUGCUCUUCUCCGCAUUACAACACCCCACCCCACUUCGUCGUCUGCUCGCCUCCUACCGCGCACUUGACAAAUCAAUAUAUAAGCUUUCAAUCACUGCUCAGGCGCGUAGCCCCAACACAUCGCAGAUAUAUCCCGCCGGCUCUCACCGGCAACCAACCCCUCGAUGGAUCACCACGACGACUUCGAUAGCGUCUCGUGGCGCCACGAACCAGACAGCGAUGUUUCACGACCUACGACUUCCGGAACAGACGCAGAGGAGGAACCACAUGGAUAUGGUCACGAUGUCAAUGGCAAGCGACGGAUGAGUUCCGCCCAAGAGAACACCCAAGCUGGACCCAUGGCCGAUGCUGUCGAUCUAGCUGGGAUCGGAGACGGCGUGCUCGAAUGCCGGGUCGACUCGCCUUUGAAGGAGAAUGACGGCACAAAAGAUGCAUAUAUCUCUUACUUGGUCACGACACAGACCGAUUUCAAGUCCUUUCAGAAGCCCGAGUUCACCGUGCGACGACGAUUCACCGACUUCUACUUCCUCUACAAGACGCUCUACCGCGAAUAUCCCGCCUGCGCGGUCCCGCCGCUGCCGGAUAAGCAUAAGAUGGAGUAUGUCCGGGGCGAUCGGUUCGGACCAGAGUUCACUACACGGCGCGCGUGGUCUUUACAUCGGUUCUUGAAGCGCCUGACAUUGCACCCUGUGCUGCGUCGGGCCCCGUUGCUGGCGAUCUUCCUGGAGUCGCCCGACUGGAACGCACACAUGCGUCUGCGGUCUUCCCGCAACUCAACUAGCACGUCUGAUGGUGGUGGGGUGCCGGGUCUGUUCGACAACUUCACCGAUACGUUCGUCAACGCAUUCACCAAAGUGCACAAGCCCGACCGCCGGUUCAUUGAGGUACGGGAGAAGGCCGAUAAGCUGGACGAGGACUUGAACCACGUGGAGAAGAUCGUGGCCCGGGUGGCACGUCGGGAGUCGGAUCUUGAAGCGGAUUACAAUGACUUGGCGACGCAGUUCCGCAAGUUGACGCCGCUCGAGCCGGAGGUAGAAGUGCCGCUACAGGUGUUUGCGGCUUCGGUGGAGGAGACCGGCCGUGGGCUGAAGACGCUCAAGGACCACACCGAUCAGAACUACCUAGGCUCGCUGCGGGACAUGGAGGCGUAUAUUGUAUCGCUCAAGUCGUUGCUCAAGACGCGCGAGCAGAAGCAGCUCGACUUCGAGGCUUUGGUUGACUACCGGAACAAAGCGGUGGCCGAGCGGGAUUCGCUCGCCUCGAAUCCCUCGUCUUACUAUGCUUCGAAUCCGUUGACCUCGUCCCCAGCCUCGUUCAUUCGGUCCAAAAUGGAGGACAUGCGGGGUGUCGACCACGAGCAGUCGCGCCGCGAACGGGUGCGAAAGCUGGAGCUCCGGAUCGACGAACUGACGCGGGAGGUAGAGUCCGCCAAGACGACGUCGGAAAUGUUUGACGAGGAAGUGGUGCGUGAAGUCGCCGACUUUGAGCGAAUUAAGGCGGCCGAAUUCAAAGACACCCUGGGAGCGUUGGCAGAGAAGCACAUCGAUUUCUACCAGGGGGUGUUGAAUACCUGGGAACGGUUUGUCGCCGAGAUGGAGGGCGACCUGGACGAGAACCCAGGCGAUUCCGCGACUGCCGAGGGUCGGUAGAGCUUCGUGCUCAUGAUCUUGUGCUUUUCAAAUUCCUUUAGGUAUACUCUCUAUUGUUAUAUCGGACUAGCCUGUUUUAUUUUAAUUUCCCUUUUGCUGCUGUGGUGCCUGCUUGUAUCCCUUUCACUCAUCCAUCUAAGGUCAAUUCCUAUACAACUGAAUGGGGAAAAUAACUAUGGCUAAGUUUAUGAAUGAUCUCG